AUGCGGCUAAUACGAGACUCGGCGCUUAUGGGCGAGGAAUCCGCGUCGAGCUCAGUACAAUCCACUGAGAGUUAUGGAAUAUUCGGCAGCGCAUGUUCAGACACGUCGGAUUGCGAAUACGUCGACGCGGGGAAUCCACUCCGGAGAUACAAGAGCCCAUUCUGCUCGCUAUCCACAAGCCUGAUUUUCCGCAGCGAUAUGCCGAGGCUGGAGACUUCGCCCCUCCUUACAGCGUCGCCGCGGCCGACGUCUGCCUACAAGACGAUAUGCUGUUCAGAUUCUCUGGGCCCCGGUGAAAUUUCCGGCAGGGACAUUAUCGAAACGUACACGCGUCUAGAGAAAAUUGAGAAAGAAAAGGAGAAGAAGAAACAGAGCUCCCUUGUGACCAUCUUCUCUGUGUGGAACACCAUAAUGGGUUCGUCGUUGCUAACCAUGGCUUGGGGCGUGGCGCGCGCUGGUCUCCCCACUGCGCUAGGGCUGGUGGCCGUCAUGGCGGCCUUGUGCCUCUACACCGCCCACCUACUCCUCAGGGUGAACCACCACCAUGGGGGUGGCGCGUGCGAGGUGCCGGCGCUGUGCCGCCGGCUGCUGGGCCGCGGCGCGCAGUUCGCCGCGCACACGUUCAGCCUCCUGGCGUUGCUCGGCGCCAGCCUCGUCUACUGGCUGCUCAUGUCCAACUUCCUCUACCACACCGUCAACUACAUAGCCGACCUGAGCUCGUCGAAAGCCACGCACCCCAGUGGGGAGCUGCUGUGCCCUAAGCGGGGUGCGGGGGGGUCGCAGCUGGCAGCCGACCCCUCCCCCUAUUGGGGCCUGCACACCACCGUGCCAUUUUACGUUGCUAUAGGCAUCUACCCCCUGAUGAAUUUCACCAAUGUCACCUUCUUCACGAAGUUUAACUCUUUGGGCACGCUGUCGGUGGCCUAUCUCGUGGUGUUCGUGCUGUGGAAGGGGUGGUGGUGGGGCACCCACGACAUGACCAUGCCCACCUUCGCUCCUGCCACGGCUGCCACAGCAGUCCCCCCCUCAGCCGCCGCGGCCACCAACGCGGCGGCCCUCAGCGGUAUCCUGGCUCUCUCCUUCUACAUCCACAACAUCAUCAUCACCAUCAUGAGCCACAAUCGACGCCAGGAGAACAACGGGCGGGACUUGACCAUCGCAUUCUUGCUGGUGACCAUCACCUACACGUUGGUAGGCGCCGUGUUUUACAUCUGCUUUCCCCUUGACAAGUCGUGCAUCGAAGACAAUAUCCUGAACAACUUUGACAUGCACGACACGAUGACCGCCGUUGCAAGAGCUCUUUUGCUGUUUCAAGUGGUGACCGUGUACCCGCUGGUGGCGUUCAUGCUGCGCAGCGAGGCGGUUCACCUGCUGCCGUUGCGCGACUGCCGCGCCCUCACGUUGGCCGUCAAUGCGUUCAUCGUGGCGCUCUGCGUGCUGGUGGCCUGUCUGUGCCCCAACAUCGGCACCGUCAUCAGGUACACAGGCGCGGUGUGCGGGCUGGUGCACGUGUUCGCGCUGCCCGCCGCGCUGCGGCUGCGCUCGCUGCAGCUGCGCGGCCGCCUCGGCGUGAUGCGCGCCGCGCCGCUGCUGGCCAUCGCCGCCGCCGGCGCGGCCAACCUCCUCGCGCAGUUCUUCAUCACGGAC